AUGCUUCGGUGGUACCAGUCCAAGCUCGCCUCGCGCCCGCUGCUCACGCAGGCCGUCACGACCGCCGUGCUCUUCGCCACGGGCGACGUCGCGGCGCAGCAGCUCGUCGAGCGCCGGGGUUUUGACAAGCACGAGUUUGCAAGGACGGGGCGCAUGUUUACUUAUGGCGGCCUCGUCUUCGGCCCCGUAGCGACCACCUGGUUCGGCUUCCUCGCGCGCAACGUCGUCCUGCGCAACAAGACGGCCGAGAUUGGCGCCCGCGUGGCCUGCGAUCAGCUCAUCUUCGCCCCCAUCAUGAUCAACGUCUUCCUCCGGUCCAUGGCCACCAUGGAGGGGGUGUCGGCGCAGGAAAAAGUCGACAAGAGCUACUGGGACGCACUCAAGGCCAACUGGAUGAUCUGGCCGUUCGUCCAGGCCGUCAACUUCAAGUUCGUCCCGCUCGACUACCGCGUGCUCGCGGUCAAUGUCGUCAGUAUCGGGUGGAACUGCUUCUUGAGCAUCAUCAACAGCAAGUAG